GGGUAAAGGACAGGUGGGUACCAACUUCCUUCUCAUGAAGUUUGCCACGCAAAGGAUUGAUUCAGACUAAUUAUCCAGCUUAUGAAUGAUCAUAUCUGAUGACUUUUUUUCUUGUAUCUUUAGUAGCAGAACUAUUUUCUUUUGUCAAAGUAAAGCUCACCGGCUCGUCCUCUGUUUCACCUACAUUUGGUCCUUUGACUACCAGAAACAGGGGAGUUGAAGGGUUUGAAGGGAGAGGAAGUUGAAAUCACAGUACCACAUGGAAACGGUGGGGUGGUGAGCUGUGCCACCUUUGGUGAGUCAGCAGAUACUGCCUGUGAGCAAGCAUUUGGCCCCAUACAUUCUCUCUUCUAAACAGAAGUCAAACAUCACAAGUCUCUAAUCUCUCGGCUCCACCCCUGCUAUUGAUAAAGUAGGGCCCUCAUUCAGCUCACCCCUCUCUGUAGCCUUUGGGGGAAUGACUUUUUAUAUUGUUAACAAAAGGUCAUUUUGUUGAGAUUCUGUUUGUAGAUGUAUUUUCCUUAAGCUAUUUAUUACCACUGGCAAGGGUCAGAAUGGACCACAGGUUUGCCCCAUUUCACCAGUGAAACGACACUGAAAAGUGUUGUGAGUAUAGCUCUCAUAAAUGAACUCAUAUUUAAGCAUUCUAGGAAAACCCCUUAUUCACGGGAGUCCUGCUGGGAAUUAUUUUGUAAAGUGCUGGGCUCACAGUAGGCACUGGAUGACUACGUGGAUGAAUAGAUGAAAAGAAGGAUCUUUUUAUAUGAACAGCCCUUUUAUUAAAGCCGUUCUCUAAGAUUCAGUUCCUCCAAAAACACUGUCUCCCAAAGCCUGGGGGUCACACGACUGCUCCAUAAUGAUCUUCCUGUCUCACCUUUAUUGCAUUGUGUUCAUGCUCACCAGGGCUUCCCUGGUGGCUCAGACGGUAAAGCAUCUGCCUGCAAUGUGGGAGAUCUGGGUUCGACCCCUGGGUCAGGAGGAUUCCCCUGGAGAAGGAAAUGGCAACCCACUCCAGCACUCUUGCCUGGAAAAUUCCAUGGAUAGAGGAGCCUGGUAGGCUACAGUCCACAGGAUCGCAAAGAGUUGGACACAACUUCACAACUUCACAAUGCUCAUUAAAACGGACCAUGCUUAGGGAGUGCUUACCGUGAACCAUGACCUGUACCAGACACCUUUCACGUAUUAUCUCAUUUAAUUCUCGAGGCCGUCCUGUGAGCCAAGGAGAGUGCAGUUUACAGAUGCUUGCCCAUGGCUUGCCGUGCUUGGGUAACUAGUAAACAGUGCAGUCUAGUCUCAAGCAUGAGUCUGUCUGAUUCCAAAGCUUCUAACUCCUGAACUCAUGUCUUUGUAAUGUGUGUGUGUCUCCCCACUACAUGCCAGCUCCCUGAAAAUUCGAGUCCUGUUUUUUUGUUUGUUUGUUGUACCACGCAGCUUGUAGGAUCUCAGUACCUUGACCAGGGAUUGAACCGGAAUGAAAAGCCCAGAAUCCUAACCAUUAGGCCACCAGGGAACUCCCACUGACUUCUUUUUUAUACAGCUUCUCCUGCUCGGUUUCAACCCCCAUGCCUGCUGCAUAAUGUUAACUGGAAUGAAUGGAGAAGGAAGACCUGGUGCUCCAUCGUAGUGCUGGCAGCAGGUGAAUCACUGAACCUCCCAGAGCAUCACAUAUAGUGCGAAGUAAUCCUUGCCCUGCCUUUAUUAUAGAGCUCUUGUGCGGAUCACAUGCGAAAGAGGUGAUGGAAACCAUAAGGAGCUGUGUGAAUGUUAAGAAGGAUUCAUAAACCAAUUACCUGAUGUACCCAUUUUGUACAUUCAAAAUAGUUCAAGGCCAGGGUUCCUCAGAGCACCUGAGAUGUUUAUGUUUUUGGAGAAAAUCUGACCUAAGGCAAAAUAGGGAACAUGGAUUUUUAUCAAGCCAGGAGGAGAAAAUGCUCCAAGAUAAAUUUAAAGGCUUAUGGUUUUCAUAUACAUGCUGACAGAUGGGCAAAAAAAUAGGAAUUCCAGUUAGAUGCAAAAAAAAAAAAAGAAAGGCACUCCAAGCUAGUGGAAUGCACGCUGGGUGCGGAGUUCAGGGCCCAGUGUGUGUAGCAAGGCUUGGGUGCUGCCUUUCUUGGGGAAGUGCCUGCAGCCUGCUGCCAGGCCUCCCAUCUCCCUGACUGUAAACGAGAUGUUCGGCCCACGUGUCUCCAGUGGCCUGCCGCCCUAAGCCUGCAUGUUUGGAGCAGUCCUGAGGUGCAGAGUUGUCAGUGUUCCUUCCAGAUGCCAGCACAGGGGUGACUGCCAGUUUGGGGCCUGUCCUGGGCGGGAGAGGGCUGGCAGACCCUCCUAAGCUGAAGCUGCAAAGGAGCCAGGCUGUGCUGUGCCUUCGGGUGUCCUGUGGAAGCUGGACUCCAGAGCUGGUGUGUGUGCCUCAACUCCUCAGUCACGCCUUUAGUGCCAGUUGCAGUCAGUCUUACUGGAGAAUGUUCCGUUUCCCGCAUCGUUUUUUGUUUGUUUGUUUGUUUUUACCAUUUCACCUCUAAUCUGUUGUUUUCAAACUAUUAGAUUAGAUUUCCCUUGUUUAAAGCAAAUAAGAUAUUUUCCUACUGUACAAUAGAAGAACAUUCUCUACGACUUUCUUUCAACCUUGGAACUAUUUAUGCUUUCUAUACCUUGUCUUUGGGUAGAAAGCCGUUUGAGACUGAUGAGAAUGUGUCUUCUGAUAACAUCCUGCGUUUUGUAAUGUUUGUUUUCGAGUGCAUUGUUUGAGCGUCUUAUUGACACUGGCAGGUAAACAGGGCAGAAGUGAAUAUCCACCUUUUCAGAAAUGACCCUGAAAGGGGAAGGAGAGCCCACAGGGGCAUGGCAGCGUGGGCUCAGGUUUUUUUCGCCAUCAAGUUUAGUCCACCUUCUCAACAGAACAAGGCCAUGCGCAUCUCCGAGGCCUUGCAGCACCAGCUCCACUUGGCAGCCCUGGCGUCACUCAAGGGAGAUAUAGUGGAGCUUAAUAAACGUCUGCAGCAAACAGAGCGGGAGCGGGACCUUCUGGAAAAGAAGUUGGCCAAGGCACAGUGUGAGCAGUCCCAUCUCAUGAGAGAGCAUGAGGACGUCCAGGAGCGAACCACGCUUCGGUAUGAGGAACGCAUCACAGAACUGCACAGUGUCAUCGCUGAGCUCAAUAAGAAGAUAGAUCGUUUGCAAGGCUCCACCAUCAGGGAGGAAGAUGAGUACUCGGAACUGCGAUCAGAGCUCAGCCAGAGUCAACACGAGGCCAAUGAGGACUCUCGCAGCGUGGAUCAGGACCAGACCUCUGUGUCUGUCCCUGAAAACCAGUCCACCAUGGUCACUGCAGACAUGGAUAACUGCAGUGACCUGAACUCGGAGCUGCAGAGGGUGCUGACGGGGCUGGAGAACGUGGUCUGCUGCAGGAAGAAGAGCAGCUGCAGCCUCUCGGUGGCGGAGGUGGACAGACACAUCGAGCAGCUGACCACGGCCAGCGAGCACUGUGACUUGGCCAUCAAGACAGUGGAGGAGAUCGAGGGGGUCCUCGGCCGGGACCUGUACCCCAGCCUGGCAGAGGAGCGGUGUCGGUGGGAGAAGGAGCUGGCGGGGCUGCGGGAGGAGAACGAGAGCCUGACGGCCAUGCUGUGCAGCAAGGAGGAGGAGCUGCACAGGACCAAGGCCGCCACGAACGCCGUCCGGGAGGAGCGCGACCGGCUGCGGAGGAGGGUUCGAGAGCUUCAAACUCGGCUGCAGAGCGUGCAGGCCACGGGCCCCUCCAGCCCUGGCCGCCUCACUUCCGCCAACCGCCCCGUUAACCCCAGCACCGGAGAACUGAGCACGAGCAGCAGCAGCAAUGACAUCCCCAUCGCCAAGAUCGCCGAGAGGGUGAAGCUCUCCAAGACCAGGUCUGAAUCUUCGUCGUCUGAUCGGCCAGUCCUAGGCUCAGAAAUCAGCAGCAUUGGGGUGUCCAGCAGUGUGGCAGAGCACCUGGCCCACUCUCUUCAGGACUGCUCCAACAUUCAGGAAAUCUUCCAGACUCUCUAUUCCCAUGGAUCUGCCAUCUCGGAAAGCAAGAUUAGAGAGUUUGAGGUGGAAACGGAGAGGCUGAACAGCCGUAUCGAACACCUGAAAUCCCAGAAUGACCUCCUGACCAUAACCCUGGAAGAAUGCAAGAGCAGCGCCGAGAGGCUGAGCAUGCUGGUGGGGAAGCAUGAGUCCAACGCCACGGCCCUGCGGCUGGCCCUGCAGUACAGCGAGCAGUGCAUCGAAGCCUAUGAACUCCUCCUGGCUCUGGCCGAGAGCGAGCAGAGCCUCAUCCUGGGGCAGUUCCGGGCGGCCGGUGUGGGGUCGUCCCCUGGAGACCAGUCAGGGGAUGAAAACAUCACUCAGAUGCUCAAGCGAGCCCACGACUGCCGGAAGACAGCUGAGAACGCCGCCAAGGCCCUGCUGAUGAAGCUGGAUGGCAGCUGCGGGGGCGCCUUCGCGGUGGCCGGGUGCAGCGGGCAGCCCUGGGAGAGCCUGUCCUCCAACAGCCACACCAGCACGACCAGCUCCACAGCCAGCAGCUGUGACACGGAGUUCACUAAAGAAGACGAGCAAAGGCUGAAGGACUACAUCCAGCAGCUCAGGAACGACAGGGCAGCGGUCAAGCUGACCAUGCUGGAGCUGGAGAGCGUCCACAUCGACCCUCUCAGCUACGACGUCAAGCCCCGGGGAGACAGCCAGCGACUAGACCUGGAAAACGCAGUGCUGAUGCAGGAGCUCAUGGCCAUGAAGGAGGAGAUGGCCGAGCUGAAGGCCCAGCUCUACCUCCUGGAGAAGGAGAAGAAGGCCCUGGAGCUGAAGCUGAGCACGCGAGAAGCCCAGGAACAGGCCUACCUGGUCCACAUCGAGCACCUGAAGUCUGAGGUGGAGGAGCAGAAGGAGCAGCGCACACGGUCCCUCAGCUCCACCAGCAGCGGCGGCAAGGACACAGCCAGCAAGGAGUGUCCGGACGCCGCCUCCCCCGCCCUAUCCCUGGCCGAACUGCGGACGGCGUGCGGCGACAGCGAGCUGGCUGCGGAGUUCGCGAAUGCCAUCCGUCGAGAGAAGAAGUUAAAGGCCAGAGUUCAAGAGUUGGUGAGUGCCUUGGAAAGACUCACAAAGAGCAGUGAAAUCCGACACCAGCAAUCGGCAGAGUUUGUUAAUGACCUAAAGCGAGCCAACAGCAACCUGGUGGCUGCCUAUGAGAAAGCAAAGAAGAAGCAUCAAAACAAACUGAAGAAGUUGGAGUCUCAGAUGAUGGCCAUGGUGGAGAGACAUGAGACCCAAGUGAGGAUGCUCAAGCAAAGGAUAGCUCUGCUGGAGGAGGAGAACUCCAGACCUCACACCAACGAAACGUCCCUGUAGUGGGCACUUGAGCUCCACGGUUCUGUCCGUGGAAGCUAGAGUCUAGCAGUCACUGAGGAGGGGGCCUCAGAGGACAGGACCUGUCGGUUGGAAGGAAGGCGCCCUGGACUCAGCCUCGGGGCAGGUGGCCCCGGUGAGGCGGUAUAGACUGUCCCCCGAGGGUCCCGCCCUCCCCUCCGGGGCUGCGGGCGGCGUGGGGACUCCUGCCCCACGCACUGGCUCCACAGGGCUUCCUGCUGCUUUCAGCAUGGGCUCUGUCCCUCACCCACAUUUUCUGUAUCCGCGGUAUAAUCCAGGCAUCAUCUGUUUGAUUUCCCAGUUUUUGCAGCCUUACCUCGAGCAUCUCACAUUUCUCCUUUCUCCUUCUGGGGAAAACUGAUGGGGGCUGGGGGUGCAGAGGGGAGACGGUGCUCAGCAUCUAGAACUGCUGCUUCGUUUCCUGCAACCAGGCUUUGGUUUUCAAGUACCAGGUGUCAACUCUUAGGAGGCGGCUGUCACUCAGAGGUGUUCCAGGAGGUUGAUCACAGGCGGACAACACACAGGUUUCCUUCCAGCCCCAGGUAUGUUGAGGCUACAGGUAGAGCAGUUGGGUCUGAACAGCUCUGAAUGGGAGAAGGAAGACCUCCUUGACCUCACAGUGGAGGUGGGCACGGGCAGGGAACACUCUUUAGACAGGAAUCUCCCUGUCCCAGUGCCGCCUUACUAACAGCUGGGAGAGUCCUGUUGAUCCGUGUCAGGGACCUGAACUGUCAGGAGAGGCACAUUAGUGCUUUCCUGGACUCGGGCACCGCAGAAUUGCUGUUCUCCGUGUAUCAAAGCUCCCUGACUGAACGUGCUGAUGGCUCCGGACCUGCCUCUCUCCCGAGGGAAAUGUUCUGCAGCUGACCCACCCAUCUGAGAGACUGCCACCGUGGCACCAGCUCAGGAGUGCGCCCCUGCUGUUCCCAAGGGCAGAGGGGAGGGAAAGCUGAGGCCUCUUAGCCCCCAGAAACAUGGCAGUGGGUGGCAGAUGGUGAUUCCACGGGUGUCAGUUCUAGCAAAAUGGUGACAGGACUGGGCAGGACCAAAGUACCUGAAUUCUUUCAGGAAGGUCUUCCAUUUGAAAAUCAACUCUUCACCCCUUUUCUACUGUAAUGUUCCCCGUUGCAGUUUUUCAGUUGUCACCACCCUAGGCUCACAUAACAUUUUAAAGGACCACUUGCCAUUUUUUCUGAAGACCCACCCGAAGUCACUUAGAAGAAAGAUGCCCAACGCUACAGUUCAAAGAUCUGCUUACGACCAGAUCACUGCAUUCAUGUCUUGGUGUCAGUGAGCUGUUCUCAGAGGCAGGACGCAGAUUCCACAGCUUUCAGUCUGACAGGGAAGGACACCCCAGCCACCGUCUGCAAAGGCAGAGCACGUCCAUCCCCCAAGGACGCUCUGUCCUGUCUCAGGCCAGCAGCGAGGCCGCCCCAUCUUCAAACAGUCAUCGUCAGCUGGUCUCAGGCCCAGCUCUAGGGUGCUCUGGUCACUGCAAAGGCCCCCACCGGCUUCUGUUUCUGUUAUAUAAGGUAAACUUCGUCCUUGUGACAAUAAGUCAGUUUUUUACUCUUUGGAUAGGAAGAUGUAAUGACCCAAAAGUGUGUUUUUAGAAAAAAAAGUGUAGCAGAUGAAACUAUUUUUCCCACUUGCCCAGGGGAAACGUAUUCCCGAAGCAAAGCAGGCUGUGAAGGGCAGGGACCGGGCGUCAUGUCACACAGGUGGAGGCUUUCAUCCCCACCACCACUGCAAGGGAGAACAGAGCCUGCCUUCUAGACACAUGGAGCUCAUCCCAGACCUGGGUAGUCUCAGUUCCCACGUGACGAGCCCCUGGCAUUACUGAUCCUACUUAGCUCAUUUUGAAUUUAUAUUUCCACAUAAUACUGGUUGGGUGAACACUUUCCCUGGCAAAACUGUUACUUUUAUAAAUGUGUAGAAUAAAAACUAUUAAAUAGUUGAUUACC